AUCAUCUUGCAUCCAGCCUCAGAACUCGCAAAUUUUGCACUUCAAGGGCCAUCAGGACAUGCAAGAUCAAGAUCCUGAUCAGUAUGAUGCUUCUGGGAGCCUUCAAGCAACUGGAAGCCACAAUCAACCUCCGCACCAGAGCAUGGAUUUCGCAUGGACAAGCUCUCAACUUCACCAAAGAAAAGGCCACCCAGGUUUUCAGAGAAAUCGACCCGAGACACCUGAGAGUAGGCCGGGGAGACCUGCGAAUCGACCUGGCAGUGGCGGUGGCGGAGGGAAGCACCUCAACCGUCACGUUGACGGCAAGAAAGUCCGCGUGGUGCAGUACCCGUAUAAGCCGCUGCUGCCACGCGACGGGUUCAGCUGGGUCAAGUACGGACAGAAGAAACUCACCACGGGCGACAACAUGAUCAGGCUCUACUUCCAGUGUGGUCUGCGCACGUCCCACGCUUGCCCCGCACGCCGCACAGUGGACUUGAGUUGCUGGGACCCCUCCGCGCCUCUUUCUCUCAACUACCACUGCACGCACAACCACCCGCCUCACUACCACGCCACUGGUGCUACUACUAAUACCUCCCCUGCGCCUCUGCCGAAAGAUAGAUCAAUCAAAGACCGCUCAUUCCGAGCGAGGGAAUCUGGUGCUGCUGCAUUCACUGCUACUGCUGCUACGGAUGGUGUAGACAGCAGCACGGCGAGCAAGCGGGCGGCUGUCAAGGAGGAAGCGACGACGGCAAAUGGGGGUGCUGGCAGAACGCUGCAGUGCCCGCCGUCGUGCCUGCCAGCCCUUGCUUCCAGGUCGAUCAGCUGCGGCAAGUGGGAGGUUCCGUCCGUAUCCGCACUCUCCCCUCCUGCCUCACCCUCGUCCCGGCAUGUUCCCGCCUCAGCUGUUGCAGACUGGCGGGCUGCGCUGGCAGCAUUGCUAAGUGGAUCAGUUCUGCCUGCUGCCGCUCCCACUCCUGCUCCUGCUUCCUCUGACGAUUCUGCUCAUGCGCGGCAGAGUACGGUGUCUCCUUCGGGGAGUCGUGCGACCGCUGCUGCUCCCUCGCAGCCUCAGUCGCACCUGUUGCCGGCUGAGCUUCUUGCAGCGUUGGCGCUGCUGGUGAAGUCAGCACUGGCGGAAGGAGGGCUCGCGGGGCAAGAAGUAUCUGAAUCUGUUCCGGCUGAAGGCACACCACAGCAGCAGCAGCAUGAGCAGCAGCAUGAGCAGCAGGAGAAUUUACCAGGCUUGGAAGACACAGACUGCCCCUUGUCAUCCGCUCCCCUGACACCAGCACUCUCGGAUCCUACAAACUGCCCUCAGCAGAGUUUUGGGACGUCGGAAAACACCGACGACGCAGAAUUCUUUCUGGAGAUGAGCCCAGGUGGUGACGAUACUGCUGCUGAUGCUCUUGCUGCUGCUGCUGAAUCACACCUGGUGAACUGGGAGGAGUCGGGUGACGCUGGAGCCGAUCUGCUUGGGGAUUCACUCACAGCUCUGGUGUCGGACCUGACGCAGCGGGCUCGGGUAUGGAGCGUGGGAGCGAAGCCGUCGAUGAUUCAGCUGCUCAAGGUGCUCCGCGAGCAAGGCGUGCUGCUCGCGGUGCUGCUGGGGCUCUCCGCCUUCUUCUCCAUGGCGGAAACGUCUAUCACUACUCUCUGGCCGUGGAAGGUGCGUGAGCUGGCGGAGCAGGAGAAGGAGGGCAGUGUGUUCCAGCUGUUGCGGCGGGACGUGACUCGCUUCCUCACCACCAUCCUCAUCGGCACCACGCUGGUGAACAUCUGGGCGACCGCGCUGGUCACGGAUGCCGCUACAGCCCUCUUUGGGGAGGCAGGAGUCAGCGCUGCUACAGGCGUGAUGACGAUCCUGCUGCUGGUCUUCACGGAGAUCGCCCCCAAGUCCAUCGCCGUGCACAACGCCACCCAAGUCGUCCGUGUCGUGCUGCGCCCAGUGGCGUGGCUGUCAUACGUGCUCUACCCCGUGGGUCGCCUCUGCACCUAUGCCUCCACGGGCCUCUUCCGCCUCCUCGGCCUCAAAACCAGCGGGGAACCGUUCGUGACAGAGGAGGAGCUGAAGCUCAUGCUGAGGGGGGCGGAGAUGAGCGGCGCCAUUGAGGAGGAGGAGCAGGACAUGAUAGAGAACGUGUUGGAGAUCAAGGAUACGUACGUGCGUGAGGUGAUGACCCCUCUCGUCGACGUGGUGGCGGUGGGCUCGUCUGCGUCCCUCAUGGAGCUGCGUGCGCUGUGGGUGCGCCACCAGUACUCACGUGUGCCCGUCUACGAGAGGAGAGUCGACAAUAUAGUUGGCAUUGCCUAUGCCAUGGACAUGCUCGACUAUGUGGAGCAGCCGGAGCUGCUGCAUCGCUUGAGUGUGGGCAGGAUUGCACACCGGCCGGCAUACUUUGUCCCUGACUCCAUGUCAGUGUGGAACCUUCUGAGAGAGUUCCGGAUCCGCAAAGUGCACAUGGCCAUCGUGCUCAACGAAUAUGGCGGCACCGUGGGGCUGGUGACGCUAGAGGAUGCAGUGGAGGAGAUCGUGGGGGAGAUUUUCGACGAGAACGACUCUAAGGAGGAGAUUCGGCGCAAGACGGGGUACAUCAUUCAGAGGGCGGAGGGCGUGUAUGAUGUGGAUGCCAACACCACCGUUGACGACCUUGCUGAUAUCCUGCAAGUCGUGCUGCCGCCCAGAGCCUCCUUCUAUGAGACGGUUUCUGGGUUCGUGUGCGAGGCGUUUGGGUACAUUCCCCGCACGGGCGACACCAAGAUAAUCAGGCUGCAGCGGAAGGAGAGUGAGGAGGAGGAGGAGGGCGAGGGGGCGGAGGAGGGAGGAGCGGGCGGGAAGGGAGGGAAGGGGCAGAGGGACGGCGGGGACAAGGGGACGCGAAAGCAGCUGCUCCGGUUUCAACUCGAGAUUUUGUCUGGUAAUGCGAGGAAGGUGGUGGCAGUUCGAUUCGAAGAGCUGAAAGAGACGGAAGGGGCCAGUGGGGGCGGUGUGAAGGGAAAGCUGGGGGCGGGGAAGGAAGAGGAGGAUAUAGAGAAGGAGACGGAGAGGAAGAGAGAGAAGGAUAGGGAGCGGGCGCUGGUAGAGGAGUGGGAGAGUGAGAAGAGGAGGGAGGGGAGGAGGAAGGAGAGGAUUAGCCAGGAAGUGAGGUCGAGGGGGUUGGGUGAAGUGGGGAGAGGGGAGGGGGAAGGGACGGGGGAGGGGGAGAGUAAGUGCGAGACAUGUGAGCAGAUGAAGCUGGGGAGGGGGAAAGCGGGGGGGAGGGGGGUGUUACUGGAUAGUGAGAGUGAGGGGGAGGAGGGAGAGGUUCUGAUGGGUGGAGGGUGGUUGACGAGCGGAGAUGGGGAGGAAGGGAUGUAUUCUGAGGGUGUGUAUACGGAUUCCGAUCUGGGAGAGAGGGAUGGGGAGAGGGACGGUGUGGGGGAGAGUGGGAGCGAUAUGGGGAGUGGGACAGAGAUUGAGGGGGGAAGUGUGAGAAGAGGAGAGGGCGGUGCGUUUGAUGGGGUUGAGAGUGGUGGGGUUGGAGGAGAGGAGGAGGAGGACGAGGAGGGUUCGGAUGGAGAGGAGUCAGAAAGGGAAGGAGAAGGGAGGAGGGUAGGAGAGUCCAGGGGCGUGCUUAACCAGCAGCAGGAGCAGCAGCAGCAGCUGCACCAGGAGCAGCAGCUGGCAGCAUCAGGUGGGGGCUCAGGCGAGGACUCAGGCACAGAGCGAGGAGAGACAGGUGCGGGUAUGAGUGGUAUGACUACCAGCUACAGCACGAGCAGCAGCAGCGUCAUGAUCAGCAGCAGCAGCAGCAGGGUGAUCACUACGGAAGGCACGGGAGGAGGGAGUGAUUCCCCAGAGAGCAGCAACGGCAGCAGCUUGGUCCGAGGGGCGGCGUGGAGGGAGGAGGCAGUCACGUGGCGCACUGAGGAGGAGGAGGAGGAGGAGGAGGAGGACUCUGAUUAUGGGUCAGGCUCCGAUGGUCUCGUGGGGCUGAACGGGGGAGCGGGAGGAAAAGGGGGCGGUGUGAGGGAGUUUGAAGGUGUGGCGAUGGCUCAAGAGCAGUACGAACGGUGGGAGGAGAAGGAGAAGCAGGCUGAGACUCAGCCGACCAGAUGCAGUGUCAGAGAGCGAGAGGGAGUGAGGGAGAGAGGGAGUGAGAGGAAGUGGGGGAGGAGUGAGGCGCAGGCAGAGCUGAGGAGGCAAGCGCUGAGCAUAGGGGAAGGAGGGGAGGGGAUGUGGCCACACUGCUUUCUCUGCACUCUGAACCGCUCAGGCUGA